UCCCUCCCCCCCUGACCCCCGACCCCCGCCGGCCGGCCCCCAGCCCCAGCCCCGGAGGGAGCUCAUGGGAGUAUGAAGGAGAUGGUAGGAGGCUGCUGCGUAUGUUCGGACGAGAGGGGCUGGGCCGAGAACCCGCUGGUCUACUGUGAUGGGCACGCGUGCAGCGUGGCUGUCCACCAAGCUUGCUAUGGCAUCGUCCAGGUGCCAACAGGACCCUGGUUCUGCCGGAAAUGUGAAUCUCAGGAGCGAGCAGCCCGGGUGAGGUGUGAGCUGUGCCCACACAAAGACGGGGCAUUGAAGAGGACUGACAAUGGAGGCUGGGCCCACGUGGUGUGUGCCCUCUACAUCCCUGAGGUGCAGUUUGCCAACGUGCUCACCAUGGAGCCCAUCGUGCUGCAGUACGUGCCUCAUGAUCGCUUCAACAAGACGUGUUACAUCUGCGAGGAGCAGGGCCGGGAGAGCAAGGCAGCCUCGGGAGCCUGCAUGACCUGUAACCGCCACGGAUGUCGACAAGCUUUCCAUGUCACCUGUGCCCAGAUGGCAGGCCUGCUGUGUGAAGAAGAAGUGCUGGAGGUGGACAAUGUCAAGUACUGUGGCUACUGCAAAUACCACUUCAGCAAGAUGAAGACAUCCCGGCACACCAGCGGGGGAGGCAGCGGAGGAGCAGCAGGAGGAGGGGGUGGCACAGGAGGAGGUGGCAGUGGCUUCAUCGCUGGCCGGAGAAGCCGGUCCGCCUCGCCAUCCACCCAGCAGGAGAAGCACCCUUCCCACCACGAGAGGGGCCAGAAGAAGAGUCGAAAGGACAAAGAACGCCUUAAACAGAAGCACAAGAAGCGGCCUGAGUCACCCUCCAGCAUCCUCACCCCGUCUGUGGUCCCCACUGCUGACAAGGUCUCCUCCUCGGCUUCCUCCACCUCCCACCACGAGGCUGGCACUCAGGAGACUCCUGAAAGCAGCAGGGACUCAAAGGGGAAAAAGUCUUCCAGCCAUAGCCUGAGUCACAAGGGGAAGAAGCUGAGCAGUGGGAAAGGUGUGAGCAGCUUUACCUCCGCCUCCUCCUCCUCUUCUUCCUCCUCUUCCUCCUCCUCCGGGGGGCCCUUCCAGCCUGCAGUUUCGUCCCUGCAGAAUUCCCCUGACUUCUCGGCCUUCCCCAAGCUGGAGCAGCCAGAGGAAGACAAGUACUCCAAGCCCGCCGCCCCUCCCCCUUCGGCCCCCCCCUCUCCCUCAGCCCCUGAGCCCCCCAAGGCUGACCUCUUUGAGCAGAAGGUGGUCUUCUCUGGCUUUGGGCCCAUCAUGCGCUUCUCCACCACCACGUCCAGCUCGGGCCGGGCCCGGGCCCCGUCCCCUGGGGACUAUAAGUCUCCCCACGUCUCGGGGUCCGGGGCCCCCACAGGCCCCCACAAACGGAUGCCCACACUGAGCGCCGCCCCCGUGCCUGCCGAGGAGACCCCCGAGACAGGCCUGAAGGAGAAGAAGCACAAAGCCAGCAAGAGAAGCCGACACGGGCCAGGCCGUCCCAAGGGCAGCCGCAACAAGGAGGGUGCCGGGGGCCCGGCUCUUCCCUCCCUGCCUGGUGCCCAGCUGGCUGGCUUUACCGCCACUGCUGCCUCACCCUUCUCCGGAGGUUCCCUGGUCAGCUCUGGCCUGGGUGGUCUGGCCUCCCGUACCUUUGGGCCUUCCGGGAGCCUGCCCAGCCUGAGCCUGGAGUCCCCCCUGUUGGGGGCAGGCAUCUACACCAGUAAUAAGGACCCCAUCUCCCACGGUGGCGGAAUGCUGCGGGCUGUCUGCAGCACCCCCCUCUCCUCCAGCCUUCUGGGGCCCCCGGGGACCUCGGCCCUGCCCCGCCUCAGCCGCUCCCCAUUCACCAGCACCCUCCCCUCCUCCUCUGCUUCUAUCUCCACCACUCAGGUGUUUUCUCUGGCUGGCUCUACCUUUAGCCUCCCUUCUACCCACAUCUUUGGAACCCCCAUGGGUGUCGUUAACCCCCUCCUCAGCCAAGCCGAGAGCAGCCACACAGAGCCAGACCUGGAGGACUGCAGCUUCCGGUGUCGGGGGACCUCCCCCCAGGAGAGUCUGUCUUCCAUGUCCCCCAUCAGCAGCCUCCCGGCACUCUUCGACCAGACAGCGUCCGCACCCUGUGGGGGCGGCCAGUUGGACCCAGCGGCCCCUGGAACCACUAACAUGGAGCAGCUGCUGGAGAAGCAGGGCGACGGCGAGGCCGGCGUCAACAUCGUGGAGAUGCUGAAGGCGCUGCACGCACUGCAGAAGGAAAACCAGCGGCUUCAGGAGCAGAUCCUGAGCCUUACGGCCAAGAAGGAGCGGCUGCAGAUUCUCAACGUGCAACUCUCUGUGCCCUUCGCCGCCCUGCCUGCCGCCCUGCCUGCCGCCAACGGCCCUGUCCCUGGGCCCUAUGGCCUGCCUCCCCAAGCCGGCAGCAGCGAUUCCUUGAGCACCAGCAAGAGCCCCCCGGGCAAGAACAGUCUGGGCCUGGACAACUCGCUGUCCACGUCUUCCGAGGACCCACACUCAGGCUGCCCGAGCCGCAGCAGCUCGUCGCUGUCCUUCCACAGCACGCCCCCACCGCUGCCCCUGCUCCAGCAGAGCCCUGCUACUCUGCCCCUGGCCCUGCCUGGGGCCCCUGCCCCGCUCCCGCCCCAGCCGCAGAACGGGCUGGGCCGGGCACCCGGGGCAGCGGGGCUGGGGGCUAUGCCCAUGGCUGAGGGGCUGUUGGGGGGGCUGGCGGGCAGCGGGGCCCUGCCCCUCAAUGGGCUCCUGGGGGGGUUGAAUGGGGCUGCCGCCCCCAACCCUGCGGGCUUGAGCCAGGCUGGCGGGGCCCCCACGCUGCAGCUGCCAGGUUGUCUCAACAGCCUAACCGAGCAGCAGAGACACCUCCUGCAGCAGCAAGAGCAGCAGCUCCAGCAGCUCCAACAGCUCCUGGCCUCCCCGCAGCUGACCCCGGAACACCAGACUGUUGUCUACCAGAUGAUCCAGCAGAUCCAGCAGAAGCGGGAGCUGCAGCGGCUGCAGAUGGCCGGGGGCUCCCAGCUGCCCAUGGCCAGCCUGCUGGCCGGAAGCUCCACCCCGCUGCUGUCUGCGGGCACCCCCAGCCUGCUGCCCACAGCAUCUGCCCCACCUCUGCUGCCCGCCGGAGCCCUGGUGGCUCCCUCCCUUGGCAACAACACAAGUCUCAUGGCCGCAGCAGCUGCAGCCGCAGCAGUAGCAGCAGCAGGCGGACCUCCAGUCCUCACUGCCCAGACCAACCCCUUCCUCAGCCUGUCGGGGGCGGACGGCAGUGGCAGUGGCCCCAAAGGAGGGACCGCUGACAAAGGAGCCUCAGCCAACCAGGAAAAAGGCUAACUCCACCCACGCCCCUGGCAGACCCCCCCCCCCAGUGGAGGGGCAGAUCCUGGCCUGAGGGGUCCCACCCUGGAGCAGGGAGCCUGCGUCCAGACACUGGCGAGCCCUGGCCCAGAGCAUGUGCUGAGGCCUGGGGAGUGUGGGGUGCUCCUGAUGCCAAGAACUGAGACCGAGUGGGGAGCUCCUUCCAUCUGGCCCCCUCCGCCUCUGCGCUGGCCCCUUUGUGCGGGGCUCAGAGGGAGGACAGGCUCCAAGCCCGCCCAGGAGUUCCCACUCUCAGCGAAUGUUUUGAGGUCCCCCGGGGAGCAAAGUGGGCCAUGGCCUAGGUGGGGGGUUGGCUGAACCCGCCACAUAAAACGGAUCAGCACUUGAGUGGGAGACGUGGGGGGCUAGGCCCUGGGUCUGCCCCUGCACAGAAGUCUUUUAUGGAAGAAGGGGGGUGGCCCUACCUGACCUGCAGUUUCUUCCCGACGUGGGCAGAUGGCAAGUGGGCUCCCUUAGACUGUUUGUCGCUGGGCCCCUUCCCCUGACCCCUCCAAGGGUCACAAGCUGAGCUUGUAAAAGCCCGCAGGCCAGGGCGCUGAGGAAGGGGCGGGAUGGCAUCAGAUUCGGCCCAAGCCUCCCUCCCUCUGGGGGGGUGGGCCCCAGUGAUGGGCCGGGGGAGGGCGGCCAGCCCCCUCGGUGCCCUGUCCCUUGUUUGCACUAUUGGAUUUAGGAGUGCCGAGGGGGGAGAUGGAGCUGCCUGACUCAGAGAGCGUGUAUGCGUGUGCGCGUGUGUGUGUGUGUGUGUGUGCGCGCGCGCGCGUGCGCACGGGCGUGCGUGUGUCUGUGUGUCUGUCUGUCUGUCUCCCUCCCUCCCCCUGGACCCUGGACAGCUGAGGGCAGGGACGGGAGCAGUGCUCAGAUGAGGCAGUAUCAGAGGGGCGCUCCCAGCCCUUGUUUGCACCCUCUCUCACCUCACCAACUUUGGUCCCUUUCUGGGGCCGCUUAACACAAACCAGGACAGUCCUCCGAUACUGGAGAGUGACUGGGGGCUGGGGGCUUUGAAUCAGGGUAAUAUCCUGCCUUUCCUCCCCCGGACUCCACGUGGUCUCCGUGCCCCUUAGCGCUCCCCUUCCCACCGACACUCAGUCCUGCUGCCCGGGCACAAGGGGAGUCCCAGGGAUUGGGGGACGGAGCCAGGGGGGUAAAGUGCCACUUCUUUUAAUGAAAACCUCCCUCCCCAAAUUAGCCGGCCUGCCUCCCUGCCCCCCCCCCACCAACCAGGGGAGACUUGAGCUUUCGCUGACCUAACAACUGUCCCUUCACCCCCCAGCUAUCCGCCCCACCCUCCUCGGGGUAUAGUCGGCACUUCUCACCUAAAGAGUCCCCACCUGCCCAGAGGCUUUCCUAGUGGCCCAGGCUGAGGGCUGGCAGGACAGCCAGGAGAGGGGCGAGGUGGCGAGGUUGAGGCCUGUCUGUCUGGGCGCGCCCUGGGGUCGGAGCUGGGAGGAGUGGGGCCAGCCUCCCUGAGGCCCGCGUCUAGUCAGUCUGUUUGCAUGUGUGGAUUUGUGUGUGUGUGUGUGUGUGUGUGUGUGUGUGUGUUUCUGUUUGGGUUUUUAUUGUUGGUUCUGGGUUUUUGUUUUUUUUUUUUUAAAUAAAGAAAAGAAGAUGUGUAUAUUUUUGGCAACGACAGAAACGUAGUGCAGAUAUAUUUUUGCCUGUGCUGCUCAACUGGUUUUUUUCUGAUACUGAAAAUAAUAUUAAUAUUCCUGUUGAUAAGACUUUGUAAGAUGUUAGGGAGCUGAUAAUGGAGGGGGUGGGUGGGAAUCCUUCAGAGGCAAUUUCUUAGGCACUUGCAAGGGCUUGGGGGGGAGGGGGGAGGCAGUCGUGAUGACCUCAGAAAUACUCACUUUUCAUUAAUGCUAAAUAUCAGUUAUAAAAGGGUAGGGUUCAGCGUUUUCUUCAUCUUCAUCUAUUAAGCUCUCUAACUCCCUGCCCUCAAACCACUGAAAAGAAAAUAACCUUCAGAGAUUCUUAGAAGAGUUGCUCAUUCACACCCACGCCCUUGCCCAAGGCCUGCCCACGCAGAGCUGAAGUCAGCUUCUGUUCGGGGUGGGGAGGGGAGUAGAUCCAGGAGAGGUCCCGGGAGAUGACCCAGCGCACCGGGACCGGCCCCCCAGAGUCUGGGUCUUCAUCUCCAAGAGCCUCCGUUUUCUGACUUGCCCCAGGCUGGGGUGUAGUGGCAGGUAGGCAGGUCACAUUUGAAGAAGGGACCCAGGCUGGGUCUGGGUUGGUGCUGUCCCUCGGUUUGGGGGCAGGGGGCAUGAGAGAGGUGGUACAUUUCCCUCUUUUGAGGGAGCCCUGUCAUAGGUAAGGUCAGUCAGGAGCACUUCAGGAGAGAGUGGGGUCCCCGGGCAAGGGGUACUGCUGCCAAGACCCCACUCCCCGCUCCCAGCAUCAGUCCCUUUUCCUAGGAUGAAUUUGGAAGGGGAAUGGGAUGCAGACGUAGAGAUCGCUCUGUGUAGGGGAGAGGAAGGAUGUGGUUUGCAGGGCGGAAGUGGAGUUUUGAAAAGCGGAGCGGAGCUUAGUAUUUAUUUCAUCACCCUCAGCGUGGAGGUGUGAGUGUGGCGUGCAUGCAGAGCCAGUGUCUGGCCCUGAGGUCACAACUAGUGCAGGAAUGUCAGAGCUGGAAGGCACCUGCCUUUAGGGGUUGUUUGAGCCAGCGCCUCGCUUCACAGGUGAUAGCUCCAAGCCUAGGGGGGGCAGGGGCUCAGGGGCAGAGCCAGGACCCUCCCUCAGGACCCUGGCCUCCUGGUCCUUGGCUCUCCUGCCCCGCUGCACUGCCUCCGUGUGGCUGUCCGUCUGUCCCUGUGUGUGUGAGUGCCGUGUGAGUGUAGGGCUGUGCCCGAGGUGGGGGGCAUCUGUGAAGCUCUGACUGUCUUAGCUCAGAGCUGAUGGAUCCUCUCCAGAGACAAUGACACUUUAAAGGUUGCCUUUUCUUCUCUAAGUUUUUUUCUAUGUGUAUGUGAGUUUUACCCCUCAGACUCCAAGGUCUACUGCUGCCUCCAGGCGCCCUUACCUUGAGGCCGAUGAGAGCACCCCUGCCCACUCAGGUCCUGAGUUCUAGGGAAGUCCUCCUAGGAAGGGCCUUGGCAAUGAGGGGAGCCAGGGAAAGAGAAAGAGCUGGCUCUGAGAAAGGGUGACUCUCUCUCUUCCCUUUCCCCAACUGGAAAUGCAGACGAGUUUUCAAAGGCACAGGCUCCCCCUGCCAGCUUCUAGCAUCUUCCUUGGUGUGUGGUGGCCCAGAGUUAGGGGUAGGCAGCUUGCUCCCAGUUCUCCUUUAUCCCAACUUAUUUCCCUGGGGACAGGUGCCUGGAGGGAUUCGGGUCACUUCAUGUCUGGGAAUUUGCAGAAAAGUGGGGCACCUGGCUCCCUCCAGUCACAUCAAUGCAGAUUAAACGUGUCUGGCUCCCAACCACUUGGACUUGAUCUACUGAAAAGCUGGGGCCCGAGGGGUGCCUUCACUGCCCUCUGUUCACUUCCUCCAGCCCAAUCUGGGACUUAGGUGGUGGGACUGGAGAUCCAAACCCUGGCUCCCACGGUGUCCCCCUCUUCCAUCCCAGCCUGUCUCAAUGUAGCAGACCCUUCCUAGGGGAGCAAGGAAGGGAAGCCACAGUUUGCAAACCCAGGGGCUCCUUUUUCAUUCUUUUCUAAAAGCCUCCUUUAUAUCCUCAACCCAAAAGGCAAUGCCCCUCCCCUGCCACCUCCAAGCCUGGAAUUGUGCAUAACCCGGAUCUUGUAUCUUUGUAUAACGGAUGUUAUUUGUACGAAGGGCAGUUCGUAAACAGCACUUGUUCUUUUAAUAAAAGAAUGUUUUACAAAAAAAAAAAAAAAUCCAGAGA